AUGGAAGCUAUAGAAGAAAUCAAGUUGAUCACCAUGGAAGAUUUCACUGAAAUGGGAAUAAAGUUUUUCAAGCUCAUUGGAUUGAAUUUAGAAUCCAGGAAAGAAGUUACAAAAAAACAAAAAGCUUUCAUGCUUCUCGGUGAAUUUCACUUCUUUUUGUAUUUGAUUAACAUUUUUUUGGUUAUUUGUGGGAUGCUUGUUUAUGCAUAUAAAAAUUUGCAUGAUAUAAAGAUCGUUGCCAGAGUGCUACCAAAUUUAACUAACGCACCUUACUUGGCUAUAAAAUUGUUUGUGUUUUACUGGAAUCGUGACAAGAUAAAAGAUGCUUUGAGUAUCCUAGAAGAAUCAUUCCCGAAAACUGAAGAAGACCAAUUAAAUUUAAAUGUUCAAACAUAUUUGAAAGAAGUGAAAAUGUUCGUCAAAGGUUUUGGAUUUCUUAUCAUCGUUCUCAAUGUUGUUUUAAUUAUCUCUCAAGUUGUUUUGAUAUUUAUGUUUGGCACAACGAAACUUCCCUUGGAUAUUUGGUUGCCAUUUUCCUACGAAAAUUUUAUUAUUUUUGGGGCUGUAAGCUUAUGGAUGGAUUGGUUAUGUUUAGUUAUUUCAGUUGGCGCUUAUGCAGCUGAUAUUAUUUUGUUUGCUACAAUUUCUCUAACGUCAAUGAAAUUUGACAAUAUCAAAUGA